ACAAAUGUGAAAUGGCACAUCCCUUUUCCGGUUUUUCCCCUUCUCUCCCUUCCUCUCAUAUAUAAACACUAUGACAAACUCCCUUUCCCAUUCCAACUUCCAAGGUUGUUAAACAAGUGCACCUGGACAGAGACACAGUAUACACAAAAGUCACAUAACAACAAAAGUGGGUCAUGGAGAAUCAACCGCAACAACCGCCAUCAGCCACGCCUUCCGCCGCUUCUACAGCUCCCGGAAACACUUUUGACACGGCUGAUAUAGACGCUCCCCUCAACACAAUCGGCUUCGAAUUCGAUGAUAUAACACCUUCUUGUGUUUCCGGCCACCUCUUAGUCACCCCUAAAUGCUGCCAGCCCUUCAAGGUGUUGCACGGCGGAGUAUCGGCGAUGAUAGCGGAGGCGCUGGCGAGUAUCGGAGCGUAUUUAGCAUGUGGGAUGAAAAGAGUGGCCGGAAUCCAUUUGAGCAUCGACCAUAUGAAGAGUGCUCAACUUGGUGAUUUAAUUCUUGCUCAAGCCACCCCUCUCAGCUCUGGUCGCACUAUUCAGGUUUGGGAGGUAGGAUUCUGGAAAGCCAAUCAGACAAGCAUGAAGAGAGAGCACAUGAUAUCGUCAUCCAGGGUUACUCUUGUUUGCAACCUUCCUGUUCCAAAUCAUUUAAAGGAUGUUUCACAACCUUUUCACAAAUAUGCCAAAUUAUAGGAUUGGAAUUCCUAUUUAAUGGAUGCACUUCUUUAUCAUAGUCAUGCAAAGCAGGAUUGUCGAGGAAUUCUGAUUGAAUUGACACGCGUUUUACAUUUCUAAUUCAUACGAGAUCAAGCCAAUCUUUCAGUGUAUGGUAUAAAUUUGUUGGUUUUCUUUUAUCCUUCAUUACUAGGUAGAAUUUGUAGAAAGAAUUAUGCGUAUGUGUAUUCAACUGUUCAAAUAAUUAGACUGUAAAUGUUUGAAUAAAAGCUGAAUUGAAGCUUCUUUGAUGUUCCUGUUGUAGAGAGGAGAAAAAUUGUGCAGCAAUUUAUCAAUAAUAUGACCUUGCCUUUGAUUGUA